AUGCUAAAGAAUGAUCGUCUUGCGACAUUGCAACCGACAUUACAUCCUACUUCGGAGGAAUUAUCUAUAGGAAAUGUUCGUUUCACAACUUAUGAUCUUGCUCGACGUCUCUGGAAAGAUUAUUUCCCAGAAGUUUCUGGUAUUGUUUUUAUGGUUGACGCUCAAGAUCGUGAACGAUUUGCAGAGUCCAAAUUGGAAUUAGAUUCACUUCUCUCAAUUGAAGAACUUUCAAAAGUACCUUUUCUAAUCUUGGGAAAUAAAAUUGAUGCUCCAGGUGCUGUAUCUGAAGAUGAAUUGAGACAUGCGCUUGGACUGUAUCAAACAACCGGCAAGGGUAGGGUUUUGUCAAAAGAUAUUCGUCCCAUCGAAGUUUUUAUGUGUUCUGUCGUUAUGAGGCAAGGAUAUGGCGAUGGUUUCCGUUGGGUAUCUCAAUAUAUGUAA